GAGACGGUGGAAGGUAAAGCAGGGAGGCAGCAUCAUGGCGGACAGAGACAGUGGCAGUGACCACGGAGGGCCCACCGCAGGCCCCGGCUCGCUGCCCCCGGGUGCGAUGGGUGCCAUGUCCCGGCUGCAGCACGACACCGAGGAGCUCGCCUCUAAGCGCGUCGACAUCCAGAACAAGCGCUUCUACCUUGACGUGAAGCAGAAUGUUAAAGGCCGCUUCCUAAAGAUAGCCGAGGUCGGGGCUGGGGGAAACAAGAGCCGCCUCACUCUCUCCAUGUCGGUUGCCGUGGAGUUCCGCGAUUAUCUCGGGGACUUUAUCGAACAUUACGCCCAGCUGGGCCCGACCAACCCGGACAUAGUGCAGGAUGAGCCCCGGCGGGCUCUCAAGAGCGAAUUCCUGGUGCGGGAGAAUCGGAAAUAUUACAUGGAUCUGAAAGAGAACCAGAGGGGGCGGUUCCUAAGGAUCCGACAGACCGUUAAUCGGGGGCCCGGAUUGGGAAGCGCGCAAGGCCAGACCAUCGCUCUGCCGGCGCAGGGUCUCAUCGAGUUCCGCGACGCUUUGGCCAAACUCAUCGAUGACUACGGUGUGGACGAGGAGCCGGCGGAGCUCCCGGAGGGCACCUCGCUCACGGUCGACAACAAGCGCUUCUUCUUUGAUGUGGGCUCCAAUAAGUACGGGGUCUUCAUGCGGGUCAGCGAGGUGAAGCCCACGUACCGGAACUCCAUUACGGUUCCGUGCAAAGUAUGGUCCAAAUUCGGCAACACCUUCUGUAAAUACGCGGAGGAGAUGAGGAAGAUCCAGGAGAGGAGUAGAGAGAAACGGGCCUCCGAACUGCUACCUGAGGGCCCGCACGGCGGAGAUGACGGCGACGAUGACUGACGCGGAUUUUAGGAGAGCAGAAAUGAAACAACAAAGACAAAACUGAACUCUGAGAGAAAACGAGACUUUUAACUGUAAAAUAGAAAGAGAAUUUCCAAGGGAAUCACCCCACACACACAACCUCCACAGACAUGGCAGCACCUCUGCUGUCUCCUCGCUCAUUUUACUGGAUGUCACCCCACUUACCACCCAUGUAACAGUAAGCCGCUGCUAUCAAGGAUUGAACUGUAAGAUAUGAACUGUUUCCUACUUGAUUUAAAUGACAAUGAACAGAGUGUUUAUAUCUCUAUCAAACGACAGAUUUUGCACACAUCAAAGCUAUUUCGAAAAAAAUGUUUAAAUGUUUUCAAACUGGUAAUAUACUAAGAUUUAAUCAAAAGUAAAACCAGAGGUCUAUUAUAUAAAAUGACAGUCUUCAUGUAGAACGAAUAUUUGACAUCAGCACAAAGAGAAUAUAUUAUGGACUUUAUGAAACCAAAAUCUGAUACCAGAUGUAUAGUUUAUUAUAAAGGUACGCAGAAUAAAUAUGAAAGCGCUCUAAAAGUGUAUGAAUUGCAGAACGCAGCACUACAGGCCUGUAAACACCUGUCAGCAUGUGUGUAGACUCAUGUUUUGAAAAGAAGUUUGGCAAAGUAGGCUAUAGUCUUUAAUUUGACCUAAAUCGUAGUUGGCUAUAAUGAAAGCAUUUCUAUCAUGCCAUUAUGGAAAGGUUGAGACUCAAAAAUGAAUAGCCUAUUUUGUGCGCCUCAAACAAAUGGGAUAAGUCUAUCUCUGAGCUACUAUAUUGAAUAUCAACCCUCUUGCACCAUGUCCAUAUAAACUUAAAUGAAAAAAAGUGCUAACUUAGAUGUACUAAUUAUGAUUUUGUGAAUCAGCUGUAAAAAAAAAAAUCUUUAUUAAGAUACCCACGUUUUCUGUGGGUUAAGUUUUUCUUUGUGACUUUGUUGUUUUUUCCUCUGGGGGGGUUGGGGGAUGCAAACAGAUAAGGUCCACUUGGUGGGAGCGCGAGGCGUGGAAGCAAAACAAAAAAGACGCGUCAGCGCAGCGCGCGGCGAGGCAACGCAUCCUCUCUGACGUCAUUACGACCCGUGCCUUAUACACUCCACUCGUUUACGUGUUAUCACGUGGAUGGUCUGUGACCUCGACCGCUGUACGUUUUCAUUUACGAGUGCUGUUAUGUAGGCCGAAAAUAUAUACUCACCAGGGCUGUGUUAAUUCACACUCCUGCGGUGCAUGGAGCAUGGGUGGCAACACCAAACGUAAGCUGAAAGUUUGCCGGGAGCUUUUGGGCCAAUAAAGAUAGUGGGCGUAACUCCAAGCUGGAGCGAGCCCUUCAGAAAGAUGAGGUGCUGCAGGGGGGGGGGGGCUUAGUGUGUCAUGGCACCCUGGAGGCCAGAAUACACUAGCAGCACCCCUGCCCUGGCUGGUGGCCUCACACAGAGUAGACGUGUGUCUCCCUGGAACAGGAGAAGGACCCAGGAUGUACCACUGGGUGUCAGCAUGGGGAUUAAUAUGAAGAUGUUACAGGUGGUUUUGCACACCAUAUGCACCAUGAUGUUAAAAAAAAAAACAGCAACAAUGAAAAAACAAAAUCAGGAGUGGCUGGAUGAGGAUAUUCGUCAGAGCUGAGAUGGAUGCUGUUAAAGAGCCAGGCAGUCAGCCAGCCAGGCAGGCCAGCCGGCCGUGCCAUGCCAUCAGUCUGAGUGCAGUCCAGUGGAUGUAGAGGCCUAUCAGUGCAGGGCCGAAGCAGUAUCUAUCUCUUUAUGGUGCUACAGCCCCUCGAUCGCUCCUUGGGGGCCUUGCCGCUCAGAAUAUGUCACUUUGCAUUGUUUUUAUUCUGAUGCUCUUUUUUUCUCCUUCAAAGUUCUUUUCUCCACAUUAUGUUGUCCGAGAUGUGUCAGGUUUCUCCCUCCCAGGCAGAGAGGAAGCCACUGACUAGUGUAGGACAAUUUCAUAUUAGUGUGCAAUAUUGUGUACGUGCCAAUCGCGGCAUUGUAUCACGUGUAUAGACUAUAAAAAGACGAAAAAAUGUAUAGGCUAUGUGAUCAGUAGAUAUAUUUGAAAGCAUGACGAUGAGGUUGAUGCAUCUGCAUUAUAUUUCCAAAAUGUGAAGUCUUUCUUCUCAAGCACUUGCUCAAAGUGGAAAAAAAAGUCAGACUAGUAGUGAGAUAUUUUUCCUGUCAUGUUCUGUAAACCAGUAGGCUGCCUUGUCCGUCUAUCAGUGCGCGUAGACUAGUUCGGGUGUUUUACGUCCCCCUACGGAGUCACCCCAGAGAAAAACCCUUCCCCUCCUCGUUCCUGCCCUAACACACACACUAACAUACACACACACAACACAGACAGUCAACAACCUCUAACUGUCUCCAUGUCAGCCUCUCUGCAGUGGUCUACACUGAAGUUGAAUAGUAUUUUGGGUCCAGGGGUGGCUGUCACACACACACAAACACACACAUCCGCAUACAGUCUCUCCCUGUUGAGGCCUCUUGUCGCUAUCGGAGUGUUUGGAAGGCCUCUAAAGUAUUUUGAAUGGUGUCUAGAGCUGCACAAGGCCUCCUGUCAUUAGUAGCCAGGAGACUGUGUGUUUGAAGCCUGAGUGCGACCCCUCUCUCGCCUGGGACUGCCGAUGGCAGGACAGGUGAACUGAGAUUUGACUUUUGCUUGUCUGCGGUUUCACUUGAGCUAGGCGAUAGUGAUCGGCUGCAACAGACCCAAAGAACAGAGGAGUUUGUUGUUGUUUUUACAAUGAGGAUCACAAUCCUUCUCUCUUUAUGUGGGCAGACUGAGCUCAGGUCUGCUCCUCUUUCCCAGCUCAUGAUUCAAAGCGUGAAAAAGGCCCUGGCUCAUUGUCUCUGCAGUAAAACGUGUCCAAAUGCCCAAAUACGCUCUGUCAGACACACAGACCAUUCCUUCUUUUUGACCCGAUUGACCUUUAGGCUAAUACUGCGGUGCUAGUUGACUAUCAGAUUGCUCCAAGUGGUUAGUUCACCUAUCAGCUUAUUUUAAAGCAGGUUGGCCUACAACACUAGGACACAGCCUGCUCAUGGGCCCUGUCAGAUUGGCGUGUCGCCUAGGUGGCAUGAAGGGGAAACAGGCUGCAUGGAUUGCAGCUUUAGAGGCCUCAGCUGGAUAAAAGCUGCUAAUGUAGAUUCAGCCUGGGCCUGACAGACAUGUGGGAGAGUUAGAGGUAGACUGAAGCAGAAUUCCCCCAAAGCACACCUGGCCUGAAAUGAUAUCAAAGUCCCGUUGAAUCUUUGUUUUAAAAAAGUUGAUCUGCGUUUGACUGGGCAUGCCUGCAGCAAUAGAGCCAAGAAAAAUGUUCCAGAAAAUCCCAUCUGUUCCACGCAGGACGUUUAGGCCCAGGUUUGUCUCCGAGUGUUGGUGAAAGGCCUGAUGAAGCCUGGCACUGCACUGUCGGGGCUGACCAGCAGCAGCCUACCACCACCUACUGACCCGGCUGUCAGACAGACCCAGUUAGGAUUUUAUUCUCUGUUUAGGAGAAAGACAGGAAGUGUCUUUACCCUCUCAUGGAGGGUAACACUGCCCUGUGAAUUAUAAAAGGCCCAUUUACAUUAAAACACACAUACAGCCACCUAUGACUAUGUGCCCAGCAAAGCACAUCUGAGGUCAAUCUGAGUUCAUCCUGAGUUCAACAUGAGUCUGGACUCUGUUGUGAUACAGCACUUAUUCCCCAAAGUGUUCUAGCUUUAGCUUGAUUGAAUUUAGGCCUCCAGGAGGCUCAUGCUACAUGAAGACUGGAAAUACAACACUUCCUUUCUCUCUUUCUCUAAUGGCCAAAUAUAAGGAAAGCCUGAACUUGCUCAUAGAGUUCACUUUGUGAGUGCCUCACUCACUGUGAAACUCAAACAUUUCUUUAAAGAUGAAACGACGUGUCAUUUUGUUUUGUUACAGACUGUAAUAGCCAGGUGCUACUGGGUCAGUUGUGCUUUUUAGUGCAGAAUGAUUCUGUUGUGAAACAUGACUCGUCCAUUUUGGGUCGUAGUUCGAUCUGAGUCACAGAGAGGGGGGGCACUUGUGAUUUUGCUGAGCACAGUGUGAUCAAAUCUGAUUUCUCAGUUUGUGAGAGCUCACAGUGUCACAGCAAAACCUGGAGUGACCUUGCAGCCAUGUUGUGCCCACGUUAACACAGACAUCCGUAUCUGGGACUGAAAUGCAAAAUGGUAGGCAGAUUUAUUCGUCUUGUUGUCUGUGUGCAGCGUCAGUGGUCAAGCUGUGCUGUCCUCAGUGGCUCUGGCUAAAUUCAGCGUAAAUGGGUGAUGGUGCACUGAAGCUGUUAGCAUUGACGAGAAAGAUGUUGGGAUUUAUUAUACAGGGCGAGCCAUCGUAGCAAUCCCUCAACAUGAUACUGCCGUUUGUCUCUUGUUACUGUUCAUUUUGUCAUUCAAAAGAGCUUAUUUUCUUGUUGUUUAAAUAACAAGUGACCAGACCAUUCCCUACACAUUUUAACUGAUGGAAAUCCUAGAUGUUACUCAAUAGUGCAGCAGUAAUGCUACUUGUUGCAUGUAGUCAAAGUCAGAUUGCUAUGAUGGCUCCAGCUGUAGGCGCUUUGUCUGCUUGUUUCUCCCGUCAGAUUAUUCAUGUUUCUGACAGCCACAUGUACAUGACUUCUAACAGCAAACUUCCACAAUUACUGACUUAAAACAGACUUAACUUCCAUAAGGUGUUUCAGACAACCGAAUCUGCUUUGUUCCUGGUUUCAGUGUUGUAGUCUUAUCAUUGGCCAUUCAGAGUUCCUGGUUGAUCACACAGCCAAUCCGACCUCUGGUCAAAGCCAAGCACUAUAUGACUCAUCAUAAACCACUGACAGAGGAGCUCAUCCAGCACGUCUUCUUUUUCCUCACGCACAGAGUAGUAGGGUCCAUCAUGUCUGCAGACUGUACAGGCUACUGUUGUGUAUAGUUACAAAAAAAAAAGUACUUUGAGAUGUUUUGAAGAUGUUGGGAAAUGGAUCCUGGAUUUUAAGGGGUGGGGUCAAUGCACAAUGAACAUAUCCCAUGUCACCAUUUGGUCUAAAUCCCUUUACCAUCCCCAUAUGAGAUAAUAUGUUGUAUCUUUCAAAAAUAUUUUAUCUGUGGCGUGUGUGUGUAUAUAUAUAUAUAUGGUUUGUUAUAUAUGAUGCUCCUCCUUUCAGAAAAAUAUAACAAGUAAACAGGAAAAACAUAUUGCUGUUUUUUUUCCUUUGUAUUUUAUACUUACAGAAAGCAUUGAAUAAAAAUGGAUAAAUACUUGCACUUUAGAUAUAUUAAGAAAAAUAAAAAUCUGCAUAUUAUUUUUGAUAGGGAUCUCACAUUCAAAGAGUAUAAAUUACAGGCUUUGUGACUAUUGCUGGACAGAGAUGUAUUGAGUUCUACUUAUUGAAGUAUAUUUUGUCUGUGUGUCAGAAGGUUUACUAAAGUAAAUUGCAUGAUAAAGUAGUGCUACACCGAUAUUGUUCUUUUUUUUAGUUGGUAAAAAUGUCUGAAAACUGUGAUAACAACCCUCUUGUAUCAUGUUUAACCUCUCCUCACCCCUUCUAGAAUAUUUCUUACUGAAAUAUGGCCUUUCCUGACUACAUGACGAUGGUGCUUACUUUGGCUUUGACAUCAAGCUCAUCCUAUACAUCUCAACAUCAUCAUAACUCGCGUCCUUACACUUCAUUACUUUCUGUUAUGUACUCUCACUACCUUAUUAAAUUUCCGUUGAUGGCAAAAAAAAGGUGUGCUGUUUUGUACAUUGCUGUUUGUUUUAAUGUUGGGGGAGCCUUGUUGUCUGAAAAAUGACUAAUCGCGCAAUAAAAAGUCAUUCCACAUGU